UGAGGGUGCGUUUUGUCGGCAAUGCCUUUAUUUAUGCCGCGACACGCAAAGGGUUGGUGGGACUUAACAGUUACGUUCUCUCUCUCUCUCUCAUUAACACAGCACCCAGCAGGAUCGAAGUUCCAUUUCAGACUAGACUAGCCUAGAGAGCAAAGCAAUGAGCUAUCAACAUGUUCAUCACGAGUCUUACCCUCCACCAGGGUAUGCACCACCGCCAGGAGGAGGAGGAUACCCAUCUGCAGUACCUCCACCACCGGGGUAUCCGUCAGAACCGCCGCCACCUCCGCCACGGCCAUAUGAAGGGUACCCUCCCCCUCCUCCACCCGGGUAUCAAGGUUACUUCAACGAUGGGUACCCUUCACCGCCCCAACACACACACCACCAGCAAUACGAGUUCUACCGAGAUGAAACUGGCUGUUCUUCCUUCCUGAGAGGCUGUAUGGCCGCUCUUUGUUGCUGCUGUCUGUUGGAGCAGUGCUGCUGCUGCUUCUAGAUGUGUGCGAUACAUUUGAUCAAGUGUAUGUGGUAUUCUGUAAUUUGCUAUUGGUAUCAGUGUCUGAAUUGUUAAAGUAUCCUUGGAGUCUGGUCUCAUUGUAAUUUAAUGAAAUAUUAAAUUUAAAUAUUUGUAUCCAUAUAUGGUGGAUUUAAUAUGUUUUGGAAUUUAUAAUUUUUCUUACUGA